UGCCUGUACUAUCACUUCUGUCCUGUCAGUUUUCACCGCUCUAAUUAGCCGUUUCUUUUCCUAUCUCGUCUCAAAAUUCUACGGUUCUCACGAUCGGGAACCCUAGGAUACAAUCAUGAGUUAUUCUAGGGUAUUACCCGAUCAAAUCUACGGCGGUCAACGAUCCGGGGCGGGUACUAUCAAGAGGAUCCGGUUAGAAAACUUCAUGUGCCAUAGUAGUCUCGAAAUCGAACUCUGCGAGGGGGUUAAUUUCAUCACCGGUCAAAAUGGAAGCGGUAAGAGUGCGAUGCUGACCGCUUUAUGUAUUGCGUUUGGCUGCCGUGCCAAAGAUACUCAAAGGGCAUCUAAGUUGAAAGAAUUUAUAAAAACUGGUUGCAGUUAUGCUAUUGUUCAAGUGGAAAUUAAAAAUGAGGGAGUGGAUGCUUUUCGACCAGAAAUUUACGGUGAUUACAUAAUGAUUGAACGCAGGAUUUCUGACUCUACAAGCUCCACUUUUAUGAAGGAUCGUCAAGGUAAAAAAGUUGCUAGUCGAAAGGAGGAUCUUCGUGAGCUGGUUGAACAUUUCAAUAUUGAUGUUGAGAAUCCAUGUGUUAUUAUGAGUCAAGACAAAAGCAGGGAGUUUUUGCAUUCUGGGAAUGACAAAGAUAAAUUCAAGUUCUUUUUUAAGGCUACGCUUCUUCAACAAGUUGAUGAACUUUUACAAACAAUUAUCAAACAAUUGAAGGAUGCAUUUGCUCUUGUUGAUGAGUUGGAGACUUUGAUAAGACCCAUUCAGCUUGAACUUAGUGAACUGCAAGAAAAGAUUAAAAACAUGGAGCGUGUAGAAGAGAUAUCACGGGAGGUGCAACAGUUAAAAAAAAAGCUCGCCUGGUCAUGGGUGUAUGAUGUGGACAGGCAAUUGCAGGAGCAAGGGGCUAAGAUUGAAAAGCUGAAAGACCGCAUACCCACUUGCCAAGCUAAAAUAGAUUCAAUAUUGCAUAACUUGGAGAAGUUGCAGGAACACUUCUCAAACAAGAAAGUUCAAGUUGCAUGUUUGGUGGAAAAGACAUCUUUAGUGAGGAGAAGAAAAGAUGAAUUGUGGGAUGCUUUUUGUGUGGCAACAAAAGAGAAGCUUGAGCUAGAAGAAGAGCAUGGCCGCAGCACUAAGCAAAUUCAGAAGAUGCUGAAUAAUGUUAGGAUGCUUGAAGAACAAGCCCGUGAUAUUCAGGAGAAACAUUUUAGAAAUACACAGGCUGAAGAAUCAGAAAUAGAGGAACAGAUUAAAGAAAUUGAAUAUGCAGUUGAUCAUGUCAAAUCAAUACUCUCUAGUUUGAAGGAUGAGGGGAAUACUUUGUCAGAGCAUGCUUCAGCAGAAGCGGAUGUAAUGAAGAAGAUUAAUGAUGAGAUUAAAGACUAUGAAAAGAAGCAGCGUGAGAUUGAUCGUCAAAUUCGUGAGCUUCAGCUACAUCAAACCAACAGGGUUACAGCUUUUGGGGGAGAUGGGGUGCUUCGUCUUCUACGUGAAAUUGAGAGGCAUCAUCACAAAUUUACAAUGCCACCUAUUGGUCCAAUAGGUGCCCAUGUGACAUUGGUCAAUGGUGAUACAUGGGCUCCUGCUGUUGAACAAGCCAUUGGGAAGUUGCUCAAUGCUUUCAUUGUGACAAAUUCUAAGGAUGCUUCUGCUUUGAGAACAUGUGCAAAGGAGGCAAGAUAUAACUACUUUCCUAUUGUCAUACAUGAGUUUUCAAGACCAAGGUUGAAUAUACCAAAUCACUCGCUUCCCCAGACCAAGCACCCAACUACUCUAUCCGUUUUACGUUCUGAUAACCCUACUGUUUUUAAUGUUCUAGUAGAUACGGUUAAAGCUGAGAGGCAAGUUCUUGUUAAAGAUUACAACAUUGGAAGAGCAGUUGCAUUUGACCAAAGAAUACCGAAUUUGAUGGAGGUUUUCACCUUAGAUGGGUUUAGAAUGUUUUCACGUGGUUCAGUCCAGACAAUUCUUCCCUCAAAUAAAAAGCUUAGAAUUGGUCGCCUUUGUGGUUCUUUUGAUGAUCAAAUUAAGGAGUUUGAAAAACAUGCGUUAAGUGUUGAUGUAGAAAUUAAACAGUGCAAGAGUAGGAAGAGGGAGUCAGAGAAAAAGCUUUGGGAUUUUGACAGCAGGCUACAUAAUGUGAAGAGAAGGCGCUUGGAUGUAGAGCGUGAUUUGACGGCAAAGAGCAUGAAACUGCGGGAUGUGCAGAAUUCACUUGUUGCUGAAGCUGGUGUGUCACCUGAGUCAACUACUAAUGAACUUCUUCAAGAAAUUUCGAAUGUUAAAAUGGAGAUCCAGCAGAAGGAAGCAUUGCUAGAAACGCUCCGAGAGAGGAUGAUUGAAGCAGAAGCAAAGGCCAGAACUCUUAAGUUAUCAUUUGAGGAUUUAGGCGAGUCAACAAAAGGGGAGAUUGUAGCCUUUCAGAAAGCAGAGGAGGAGCUAACAGAGAUAGAGAAAGAAAUAAAUGCUGCACAAGCGAUGAGGGCCCAUUAUGAAAGUGUUAUGAACGACAAGGUUCUUCCUCUUAUCAAGGAGGCAGAGGCACAAUAUCUGGAUCUUGAAAACAGUCGUAAGGAGAGUUAUAGAAAGGCUUCUGUUAUUUGUCCUGAGAGUGAAAUUGAAGCGUUAGGAGGUUGGGAUGGAAGCACACCAGAGCAACUAAGUGCGCACUUAAACAGACUGAAUCAGAGACUUAAGCAUGAGAGCCAUCAAUAUUCGGAAUCAAUUGAUGAUCUUAGGAUGUUGUAUCAGGAGAAAGAACAUAAGAUUUUAAGGAAACUGCAAACGUAUAAAGCUUUUCGAGAAAAAUUAGAUGCUUGUCAAAAAGCUCUUGACUUGCGUUGGAAAAAGUUUAAUCGGAAUGCAUCUCUUCUUAAGCGCGAGUUGACUUGGCAAUUUAAUGGCCAUUUGGGAAAGAAAGGUAUCAGUGGACACAUUAAUGUUAGUUAUGAAGAAAAGACCCUUUCAGUAGAGGUUAAAAUGCCUCAAGAUGCAUCAAGCGGCAUUGUUCGUGAUACAAGAGGACUUUCAGGAGGGGAGCGCUCCUUCUCAACGCUAUGCUUUGCAAUGGCUCUUCAUGAAAUGACUGAAGCCCCAUUUCGAGCAAUGGAUGAGUUUGAUGUGUUUAUGGAUGCAGUUAGCCGAAAAAUCAGUUUGGACACUUUAGUUGAGUUUGCACUGGCACAAGGAUCCCAAUGGAUAUUUAUCACACCUCAUGAUAUCAGCAUGGUGAAGCAAGGUGAGAGGAUAAAGAAACAGCAGAUGGCAGCCCCCCGUUCUUGAUUGCUGUAAGGUAAAACUGAUAGCAGCUCCCCACUAACUGUAUAUUUAGAUGGCUUUAUAUUUUUUAGGCAUAUUUUUUAUGUAUUUUAGUAAGUAGUUAUCCUUUCCAUAUCCCCCCUUUGUUCCUUUGUCUUAUAGAGUUUGUGUUUUGCAUUUCUGGCACAUAUGAAGUUGAAUGAAUAUCGCUUGAAAAAGGACAGAAAGGAAGGGAGGUGUUUCUAUGUGUCUCAAUUUAUUUUUUUCCUUGGGUCCUGUUUAUUUCUAGUUACCUUUUGGGUUAUGAAAAUGUUACAUGGAUGAUCACUCCGGCUGACAGCUCAGUAGAGUUUAAGACUUUGUCAAACUUGAUAAUGAA